CGUCGACAAGACGUGUCUCUCCGUUCAAACAUGUCAUAGCUUCUUACGUACUUCUCCUUCUUCUUCUUAUAACAAUACGUAUCAUGUAUUUUCUAAUGUAGGCAAAAUUUGGUGCUCAAUAUUACAAAGUAAAAGUAUUUUUUAUAUACGGACUUUAUGGCGACUUGUUAUUAGAUUGUAGUAGAUAUAUAUAUUUAUUAUAUUUUUGGUACGGAAAGUGUGAUUAAAGCAGCAAGAUGAACUUCAUCGGGGCAGUUGGUGGUGAUGGUGAUGAUAGCGACGAUAAGGAAAAGGAAGAGGAAGCAGAACGCGAACGGCAAGAAGCCAUCCGUGAGGCUGAGGAGAGGCGCAAGGAGAAGCACCGCAAGAUGGAGGAGGAGCGCGAGAAGAUGCGCCAGGAGAUCAGGGAUAAGUACAAAAUCCCGAAGAAGGAGGAGGUGGUGGAACAGCAGCAGGCUGAGCCUGACAACCCCCUCAUGAGGAAGAAGAAGACUCCUGAGGAACUCGCGGCUGAAGCGGAGCUUGAAGACCAGGAUGAGUUCACUAAACUCAAAAACACCAUCGAAACACAAGUGAACGAACUAAAGUCGCAGAUCGAGAGCAAGUGCGUGAUGCAGUGAGCGCCUCUCGACCAUUGUACAACUAUCUGAAUACAUGAUGUAGCUGAGCUAAGGUCAUUGUUACGACGAUGUUUCACACCCUGUAUACACCCCACCACCCACACGAGCCCCGGAUAGCGAAUAAACAAAAACUAACAAUUUCGUUCGGACGUAUCAAUCAUUCGCGCUCAACAUUUUUGUAGGAGAGAUUCGAAUUCUAAAUUUUUUCGGAACGUAGUUGGCUAGUGGCGCGUUGGUGCUUGAUAAUAAGCAAUAAUAUUUUUAUACAUUCAUAAAAAAUUUUUGGAAGGCAGCCCUCGAUACAACUGUGAAGCGCGUUUCUGAACGUAUGGUCAAAAAGUCAUUAACUACCGAGCGUCAGAUGAACGCAGUCGUGCACUCGUCAAACAGUUUAUAUGUUGGAGCUUGUGAUAUAUUGUUAUUUAAGUGUAAAGUUGAAAUAAUAUAAAUACAACUAGAAAGAAUCGGUGUAAUCUAUUUAAAAUGGAAGACAAGUUAUUAUAAGAAACUCUAGCACGCGUGUAGACUCGACAAUCGAUUACUCGACUAUUCAUCGCCUUCUCUUCUCUAUUUCGCACUUACAUUGAAAUAACAAUGUAUUCGAUCUGUCGGUGUAUUUGUUUCAUCCAAAUUCCACGCUUGUCUGACGGUCUGCCUGUUUCCCGUGGUCUUACUACGAUUCGCUUGAGCUCUUCGACUUUUGCCUCUAAAUCUUUUGCAUGCGUGCUUAUGCAGUGUUAAUCUAUGUGUCAAUGUAAUUUCUGUUAGGUGUACAUACCUGUAAUCGACCUAGCCUUAAUAUCCACAUCGAAUAUAAUAGGUAAUUGUUAUGGAGGCGCGCCGCGCCCGCUGUUGUCCAAUACUUUCUUGCAUGUUUAAUAUAAGACUCAAUGUUCAUUUAGUGUUUAAUGUGUAAAAUGUUGUAGAUAAACAAGUGGAUCGCGUUGUGUUACCGUCGCGCCGACGAGCGUUGUUCUAAUCUAAUGUUUUAUCGAUGUUUUACGCUUAGGUAUUAAAGUUAAAUAACACAUUGUGGUGUGAGCAAAUUAUUCGAGCGAUUGCACCAAUCGGAGCGGACUACGAAUGUAAACUUUGUUGGCGGCAGAGAGUUGUAAUGAAUAUCUAUUAUUGGCAGUGGUCGCAAAGUAAGAGCUAGACGGCGCACGCAGACAGCGGGUCGAUGGGGCAGACUUGAGGGAAGCGCGUCCUGAAGGCAGAUCGUGCUAAUUGUUCGAACAAUGUUGUCCACAUAGUUAUAAAGCUGCAAAUGCAAAAGAUUUGUUAUCGUCAAAAGCUGUGAUAUAUGAAUAUAAUAAACUAAAGCGCGCAAUGCGACGACGCUCGCGCUCUUAGCUUCUUCAAUCUUUCAAUCUUUCAAUGUUCGACACGAAACUAUCAUUGUACCUUCUUGUAGAUCGGACCUCUUCGGAUUACAAUCUCUUCAAUCAGCACAUCAUGUAUUUUAUAUAUCUCUGUUAUAUAUUCACACGCGAUGCUCUCUGGCGACAGUAGCUUAGUAAGUUCUCAGUAGACUUGUCUUUAGAUCUCAUGUGAUAGCUGAAGUGGUACAUAUUAUACAUGUUGCAAGUUAACUGACGUCGAUGUUCACCCGUGCACUGUGUCCGUUUACGAUAAUUACGACUUACACAAACAUAGCUGUAUCCAUAGGUUAAUUUGUUAAUUAGUUCAAACAUUAAGUACAACAGAAUAAGGACACUGACACCAAUCUACAUAGUAUAAUUUAUAUCGAUGGCACAUCACUAACUAGUCGAGUUGUCAGACAGUUGGCCGAUGCAUCGAUUCGCUACCAGUCGCAUCGCGUGUUAAAUACUAAGAUUAUUUUAGAUACUUCACUUACACACUUGAUGCUUGCUUAUUUUCUUACGUUAUAUGACGUCCUGUCAAUUACACCUACCUUCUCUUCACACAUAUACUAUUCAAUAUACAAACAUGUAAAUAAAAAAGCAAUAAUUUCAGAUUGUUUAUUGAGAAUGCUACUAUUUUUCUGAAGUAUAAGAAUCGACUAUUUUUCGCACUGUACUGCACUCGAUAUAUUAUCAUAGCUUGUCUCAUAGUUCCCUUGUUUGGAGCACGCAUUACGCAUCGCUAACGUAAGGUGGGCAUCACUCCUACGGCCCCGUCCGGCCACGUCACUAGAGUAAGCGAAAUAUAUACUUAACGUUUCACGAUGUAUGUGUGGUUAGACUAGGUAAUAAUAUAUAACAUAGUUGUACCGUAUGUGCAUGGCAAAUCUAGCUAAAUGGUUGUAUGUAGACAUUCAAUACAAUAAUAGUCGGUAAGUCUUGGAGCUGUCUGAUGACCAAGUUUCGACAGAAUCUAUCUUUCCUUCAUCCUCUUGUGUGUUAGCUAAUACUAAUCUAUAACCUUUGUCUAUAUCUUCAAUCUAUCGUAGUGUAGUCUGCGUUCUACGUUGUUGACUCUCAAGUAGCUGAUAGUUUAGAUAAAAUGUUAUUUUGGUAUAGAGCGGUCUGUACUGAGGAGUGUGGACUUACUGUCACUAAUUUAAAAUUAACGGAACGUGCGGUCGCUUUGGUUGCUGCAUGACGUGUGCGCAGUGUGCUCAGCUCUUGGCGUGUUGGUGUCGUUCUCUACUAAUUAGUCGCGUGCGCGUGUCGAGCUGUGUGUAAACGUAACGUUAGUCGCUUCUAUUCUCGUGUAUUUAAGCUUUCGAUGUUCAGUGUAAUAGUUGAUAGUGAUAACGUUGCUUCACUGCGCCACUUCUUAAGGAAUUUGGGUGAUAUCAAAUGGUUGUUGAAUUAUUUUAUGUACCUAAUACGAACGUGUUUCUGCUGUCAAUGUUUGUGUUACAAGAUCGUGGUGAUGUAACUGUGUAUACAUCGAUCUCUUCGCCCUGUCUGUCACCGUGUUCUCUAUAUCUUCACACAACAGUAUAUUAUUGUAUUUCUUUUUUAUAAUAUUAUAGUGAAUUUAUAAAGAGGUUUAUACAAGGUAGACGUGUAGUUUAGACAUAAAGAAAAUUAUUGUAAAAUCAAAAUUUUUGAAAAGAAUAUAAAGUAAAUGAUUUCCGUAUAAUGAUCCCGUAGUGUUAAUUUUAAGGAAUCCAAGAUGUCGCGACCAAUUUUUAUAUGUUUUGCCACGAGGAAGUAAUUGAUGUAACAGUUGGAUAUUUUCAAAUCUUAUGACUCUCAUACUCAGGGUAAUAUACUUAUAGUUAUCUGUUCAUAGUAUGAUUUAGAUCGUUUAGCUAUGAAAUGUAUGACUUUUUGGCCUACGAAGGCUUUACUUACCUUUCUUCUUACCUCUUCCUCUAUUUGUGACCCUUGACCCAAACGGUAGAACGUCUUGAUAUUUCACUGUUGUUCUUAAAUCCUUAGAGGAGUUAUGAAAUGGUAGACUAAAUAACAUUUUAUGACAUAACUUGUUAAACUUAUUAAAUAAACUAGCCUAUUGAUAGUUGCACUAGGUAUAAUGUAAGGGGUGUCACGUGAUGGUGCAUUUGUCGGCACGGCCGCUCGCAGUGACACGUGAUAAUACUCAAGCGGGACAAAUGCAUCAUUAUCUGCGGAGUUACAAAGAGACUGCGCGAGCGCCGGUAGUGCUAUCAUCUGACCAGAGAGAGAGCAGACGCUAUGAACGAGAGAGUUAGUAAGCAAGGCUACACUAUGCAAUACUGUCGUACACUCAAAUGAUAACCCUACCGAUACUCAUACAUUCAUAAACUGGUCGUUGCUGGCAGAGACAGACGAAAGGCGGUCGGUGAUUGCAAUACCGUAUAGACAAUUAGAGACAACGACACUGUACCACACACUCAAGAGCUUUUACACUGAAUGCCAAUAUUUGUUUGAUGUUGUUAUUGUUUCAAGUCUCGGGCGGCGCAGGAGUUGCAAAGAACUGAUUAUAAAGUGCCACACACAUACAGUAACUGCGCUGACAUGGUUCCACAGACUCUGCGCUGUCGGUGGAACGGUUCGAUGUGAUUCUGAAUCGUUUACAAAUAUAUUCUGUUGUUGUAGGAGCGCGCACAGUAUGGCCGCCGCCCUCCGAGUACGAGUGUUGUGGUACGGCAGGCGGCCGCACUGUCCGCGGCUCGAUUCUUGUUUGUAUAUUAUAGUUAUUGGCCAACACACUAGUUCGUUAGCUUUUAAUAUUAGUGACAUUAUAGUGUUAAAAUUGCAAGUUUACAGAAUGUAUAAAAUUCCAAUGAAACCAUUAAGUACUCAUAUAUGAACGGGGUUCAUAUGUAUGUUGUCUUGUUAUAUUAAAGAAGAAACGGUUAGUAGUUUAUCCACAAUUAAAUUUAAACUUAGGGAUUAUGGAUGAAUAACGAAAAAGGUUAUUGUUGAAAAAUGUUUUUAGGUAAUUAAAUAAACGGAUUGAGCUUCUGUGACACCUUGUUGUUAACAAUAAGUUAGGUUUGGUUGCAGUGACCGCCCCGCGGCCGAUUCAUGCCGCCGACGCCGUGACUAUAUGUCGGCCAUUGACCUCUGUACCCUGGCCAAAUGUUGAAUCGGCCGUGCAGGGUGUGGCUAUCUUCUGGCUGUAUACAAACUGCCGUAAUAAACUCUAUUCUUAUAUAAAUAAGGUUAGUUUUCCUUUCACGACUGUAUCACUGUAGGACAUAGACGCUUUUUCGCUACACUUCGUUCGCCAUUACUGUUGCGGAGCAUUGUUAAUGUUUAUUUACAAGGUCCCUAUUAGUUAUUGUAUAAAAGUUUAGAGGUAGCCAUUUUCAUAUAUGUACGUUGAGUUAAAUGUGAAAAUGGUUUACCUAACAUGUUGUUAAAUAAUAAAUAAACUACAUUGUACCACUA